UAUCAGAACACAACCCAACGUCCCACUUUGAUUUGUCAAACUCAUCCGGCCAUUAUCUAAAAACUGUAAAACUUGCAAAUAUUCGCAAUAAUAUUACAGUGCGCUAAUGCUGUAGUGUGAAAAAUAUAUAUUUACGUUGUAAAACGUAGUGUUUGUUAUAUAAAGUAGUAUAUAAAGCCGCCACCGUGGAGCCUCACAUAAGCGUGGACAUGUGCACCCCCGACUCAUGGCGCGGGGGUGUGGCGCGCUCGCCGUCACACGAGUCCGUCACCACCGACCUGUCUCUCUUCAGCGUCUCGUCCGCUGCUUCCGAUGCCAGGGUGCUGAGGCUGCUGGCUUGUAAGGCAGGCCAGGGUCCCGACCCUUCACUCCGUGUGGCCAGCCCCAACCCAGAUAGUAAAGCUUUAAAAAGACCGUCAUCCUCCCUCCCACUGGCAGGCACAGACAACUGGCGGUCCCUGCUGGCGGGCUGCGCAGCGCUGUGUGCUCAGCUAGGCCUGCGCCGGUCCUUCAGCGCCGCCGACGUCAGUAGCUGCCGGGAGCUGCAGCAGCCGCUCAGGAGCGCGACGUCGGAGGUGGGUCUGUGCGCGGCUCUGGAAGCUCUUACCCUCAGCGCAGCAUCACGUUCCUGCAGCACCUGGGUCGCUGUGGGCGGGUCUCAGCUGCCGUCUCCGCAGCGCUCGCAGCCCGCGCCCGCGCACAGACCGCUGCCCACUGAUAACAAGAAGGUCCGACAGAGCUACAUAAAGCGUCGGCUUCUGACGACAUACCGCGCGCUCGAACGAAUGUCGCAGUCAGACUUCAAUCUGGACAGACUCGAGGCGGCGGCAGUGUGUGCUGCGGGCGCGACGCUGUCGGUGCCGCCCGCGCGACAUGCGCGCUUCGUGCACCCGGAAGCGGCCCACCUGGCCCUCACAGCAGCAGAUCUAGAGCGCGAGCGUGGUCGGCCGCUAUCAAAGUACGAGCGCAACAUGAUGAUCUUCAACUGGCUUCACACACUCGACGAUGCUGCGCCAUUCUAGGUCACACUACACUUAUAUAUCCGUGGUGUUUGAGCACGGAGGCAUUGAUUGAAGGUACGUUUUCAAAAAAAAAAGGUCAUCUUAAAGUAAUUUCUGACUUUUCGAGGUUGUUUUGAGGUAAUAACUGGAUUUUUAAGGUCAUCUUGAUGUAAAUGAUGAGGUUUCGGGGUCAUGUUAAGGUAAUAAGUGGCUUUUAGAGGUAAUUUUGAGGUAUGGAUGGGUUUUCGAGGUCAUCUUAAGGUAAUUACUGGGUUUUCGGGGUCAUCUUAAGGUAAAUGAUGGGUUUUCGGGGUCAUCUUAGGCGAAUGUUUCGACUGGUAGCGGAAAAUUCGAAUAUAAAAAUGUUUUUUUUCGAUGUUUUAUUCAAUAUUUUUUUUAAUGUCUUAAACAUCAAACAAUACUUUACAGAGAACUUAUGUAAAAUAACAGAUAUCAAAAAACUUUUUAUAUUGGAUUUCUCGCUCAUCGUCAAAUGUCUAGAAAUUAUAAAACGCUACCUUCAGUCAAUUCCUCCUAUAUAAAAAAAGUAAUUUGUCUUAAUACAAUGUGUAACUAAAAUCAUUCUUGAACUUUAUAUUUAACUAAAAUUAUUUUUAGUUUCUUUUAGUAAUUUUAUUUAGUUUACUGUUUUCAUAAAAUAGUUAUUAUUUAAGUUAUUUAUGUAGAUAAAUAAGAUUUUAGUAACACAUUGUACAUAUAUAAAAUUAAAGAAUAUAGUGUAAUGUGGAAUUAUAUUGAAUAGCUCUAUGCUAGUCAGAUGUUGAUAGUUGGCGGUAUGUUCACCAAUAUACAGUAUAUUAAUAAUAUAUACUGUUUUAUAUAUUAAAUAUAUGUAUGUAUGUAUGUAUGUAUAUAUUUGUUACUCUGGGUUACGGAUCGCAAGUACUUUUAAUAUCAAAGAUAAAAGUAUAUAGUGGCCUAGUGGGUAAAGAACCAACCUCUCAAGUAUGAGUGUGUUCGAUUCUAGGUCAGGCAAGUACCAAUGCAACUUUUCUAAGUUUGUAUGUACUUUCUAAGUAUCUUAAAGUUCCCUGUAUAAUUGUGACGACGAAUAAAGGCCUAAUUGGUAGAUAAAUUAUGUUAAGUAACUUGUGUUUGAAAUUAGUAUAAUUUUGGCGCGGUAGUUCCUUGGGAGGGUAAAAUAUGAAUGUGUUUUAGAAGGCACGUUAAACUGUAGUUAAAUUAAAGAAUCCUAGCUGGACAUCUUUGGCAGUUUUUGGCUUUCCAGAAGCCAAAAAUUUGACAACCAGUCUUACCAAAGGGUUGCUCAGGUGACUGGGUUGAGGAGGUCAGAUAGGCAGUCGCUCCUUGUGGCACACUGGUACUUAGCUACAUCCGGUUUGACUGGAAUCUGGAAAUAUUUUUCCCAUUGAUAAAAACUAGUCUACAAUAUUAAGAGUACUUUCUGUCCGUAGUUUUCAGUGGAUCACCCUGUAUAAUUCAAUAGAAAUAUAAUAUAAUAGAGUUGAAAUACAAUACUUUAUAUAUUGAACUGAUCAAUCAGAAUUGCAUUUAAAAAUGAUUGCCUAGACAGCUACACUGAAUUACAUAUGGGCAUAAAACAAUAAAAAAUACCAAUAUACUAAAACACAAUUUAGGAAAAGAAAAAAAAUAUGGUUUCUUUUAAGUACAUUCAUUAUGUUAUCUUAUACUGCAAGACGAAUAUAUAACACUUUUAUAUAUUUGGCAAAAUAAUAAUAUGAAAGCUCCAUUCACAUCACAAAAUACUAUAUAUUUAGAUAUAUAAAUAGAUAAAUAAAAAUCAUUGUAAAUAAUAAAGUUUGUAUGUAAACGUGAAGUAUCAUGACUCACAUAUCCGAUGCUUGUAUCCAAAUUAUAUAAUAAACACAAUUGGAGUAAUUGUUCAAGAGAAAAUUACACUAACAGUCGUACCACAAAAACUUUUAAACGUCUGUUGAACAUUUGUCUAAAAAAUGACAGAUUAUGACGUUGAAAUAAGGUCUGUUUCGCAGCCAUACUUUGUUUAGACAAGUGUUCAACAGAUGUUUAAGUUUUUGUAGUAAGGCUGACAAUGUUUAGUCCAGUCCAAGAAUCUUUUGGUAUGACUAGAGACUGGUAACUUGGUUGAUUUAAAUAAUAGUAACAGCUUUAUUAAUAUAAUCUAUUGAUGUCCUCCUAGCCGAUUAUCGGCUACGGCGGCUGUUCUCAUAUAAGGAGAUCAGCCAGCUGCGCAGGACAUAUUAUAGUGCACAAGCAUUUGCGCAGACGCAGGUGCACUCACUAAUCGUUCUCAUAUAACAAAUUGUACACAUUCUGACAACAUUUUUGCAAAAUACCUAAAUCUUUUACAAGUUGGUCUCCAGUCAUAUUUUUUAAAAGGUAGGUACACAAGUUUCUUGGUCUACUCAUACAAAGUUCUGAAUCGGAUCUCAUCAAAUUAUUAGGAUAUAAAAAACAAUAUAUAAAAUACAAAAAUACCCACAGUUGCUUCCAGUUCCUAAGGGUAUGUUUUGAAUGCUAGCUGUCGACUGCAACUGUCGAUCGCACUUGCAGUGACUGCAUGAAGUCAGCCGCAGCUACUGCCGGGGCUGCGGGAUUGUGCGCGCGAGUUACCGCGGCGCUGGUACAUAAAAGGCCUACGACGGAGCACGACGGUUUUUAGUCAGUAAGAGUCGGACACUCCCUCAGCGCGCGUCACCCACAGCGGGAGGGGGCAUUUGACGAUUUUUGAAGUCGUUAAAAAAAGCUGCACUAUUGGGGCUUGAUUCUGUUAAGUUUACUUAAACGUCUAACUAUGAUUCAAUCAUGACUCAAUUACGAUUGAAGCGUAUGUGGCAUUCCGCUAUUUUUCCUUUUAAAUAAACGUUUUUAUCCGUUUCUGUGAUUCAAUAAUUAAUCAUAUUGUCUGCAAAUGAUUUACGAUUGCAAUAUGAUUGUAGAGCAGACUACCGUAUAUACCAAAUGGCAGACUACUAGCAAACCAAUGGAAUGUCACUGGAAUACGAUUAGGCUUAUACUAGCUUUUGCCAGCGGUUUCACCCGCAUCCCGUGGGAACUACUUCCCGUACCGGGAUAAAAAGUAGCCUAUAGCCUUCCUCGAUAAAUGGACUAUCUAACACUGAAAGAAAUUUUCAAAUCGGACCAGUAGUCCUGAGAUUAGCGCGUUCAAACAAACAAACAAACUCUUCAGCUUUAUAAUAUUAGUAUAGAUUAGUAGCAGAAUGCCCGCUAAGGUUAAAACUGCUACUGACAUCCAAUUUUCACAUUAUUAACUUAGCAGAAUCAAGUCCCUGGUUUGUAUGCAUUUACAUGAAACCGUUUUAUAUCGAAGCGGCAGCAGCACGUGCAGUCGCCCUCAGAUAUCGACCGAUUUCAUGCAGUCGCUGCAAGUGCGGUCGACAGUUGCAAUCGGCAGAACAUUCGAAACAUACCUUAAAGAUAUUAUUAACAUUAAUUUAUUUAGUUGGUGAUUAUUAAUUUUGAAUCUCAAUUCUGUUAUUUAUUGAAAGCUAUUAAUUUUAAGAGUACUAUUUCUUGCCUAAUUAUGUAUGUUAUUUAAUCUAAGUCAAGUAAUGUCUUAACUACAGUGUGUUGCAAAAAAUCGAACAUUAUUCUGAGAUUGUAUGUUUGUGCGAAAUUUUUGCAGUAUAGUGUACCUAUGUGUAUUAAAAUAAGUCUAGUCUGAUUAUAAGUUACGAAUGUCUUUCUUUGGAGGCUUUUUGUCUAUUUUGUAUUAUUUUGAAAAUAUCAUUAUAAUUGGUUUUGUAAAGUGAUUUGACAUUUGAGAGUGAAUAAGACUAAUUGCUGUUUGAAUUAGAAUAGAUGUUUUGUGUGUUUUUGCGGUGGAAAUAGGUCAUUUUCUCUUUUUUUUGUCACUUUGCGCAAAAUUGCGCAAAACUUUUUCAUUUUUGCGCAACUUGCGCAUCCCUUAAAAUGUGAAUUAAACAGAUUAACCAACCAUGUAAAGUGGUUAUAAACCAUUGCAAUCAGUAUUUAAGCUUGUUUUCACUUUAAAUGACCUAUUUCCACCUAAAUACCGUAAAUUGAAAAAAAAAUCUCAAAUACUAUAUGAUACUCAAUUUAAAACAUAGGUCAUGCGCCGGUGAUUUUGCCACAAAUAUAUAUUUAUUAUUACUUAUUAUACAAAAUCGUUUGUAUCUUAAUUUAUUUCUAUAUGCACAACUGAUCUAUUUAACCAAAGGUUAGCCCAACCUUCCAUAUUUCUAUAUAUAUUUUUUUAUUUGCUUGUCUGUACUUCUAAAACUACAGAGCCGAUUUGAAAAAUUCUUUCACUGUUGGGGCGCUACACUCUUCCCGAGUAACAUAGGCUAUAUCUUAUCCCGGUACGAGCAGUAGUUCCCACGGGACGCGGGUGUAACCGCUCUGGCAGGAUCUAGUUAUGCAUGUUUUGUAACUCCUUUGGUUAAAUAAAUGAUAUUUUUGCUCAUUCCUUCUCUGUGUGAGAUUUGCCCAGCAUUUGGACAAUAUUUGGGGCUUGUACCAUAGUCAUAUAAUUUAUAUGUACACAUAAAUAAAUAUAGAACUGUUGGUCGAUUGAAAUAAUAUGAUGUUUAUUAUAAUUAUUAAGAAUACAGUUAAAAGCUGGGUGCACCGUCGUUUCGUCUUAAAUAUUUUUUUUUAUAGUUAUGUAUCAUGUUUUUAUAGUUAAUUACUAUAGUUAAAAUAAAUAAUAUUUACCAAUGACUGUAACUUUAAAGACGAAACUACAAUCUGGAAGUAUUUUUAUAUACAUAAGUUAAAUAUGUAUAAUACUUAUCAAAUUACUUUUCAGUUCUGUGGUGGACAUUUUAUUGACGACAUUCUGGUUUCUGUAAUUUCUAGUUAGUUUAUUAUUUAAAACAGUGUUAUAUAUCAGUUUUAUUAACUUAACUGUUGAGAUAGGCGGCGGUGCAUUCGGCGUCACUCAGCAAGCAUUCCAUAUGUCUGUAAGAUAGAGCCGUAUUUGUAAAUGUUGAAUAACAUUAAAUAAAUGUAAAUUAUUGAA